UGACACCAAGAAGGAGCUCUUGGUUGAGGAGCUGGGGAGCUCCCGCAUCUGUCUCUAAUUGCCUGUGUCCCCUUCUCUCUCAGCUUGUCACAUUCUGGAAUGCUGUGAUGGACUGGCCCAAGACGUCAUUGGCUCCAUUGGCCAAGCCUUUGAGCUGUGGUUUAAGCAGUAUCUGCAGUGUCCUUCCAAGAUUCCUGCUCUCCAGGACCGGAUGCAGAGUCUAGAUGAACCCUGGACAGAAGAGGAGGGGGAGGGCCCAGACCACCCAUAUUACAACAGCAUUCCCAGCAAGAUGCCCCCUCCAGGAGGUUUCCUUGAUGCUCGACUGAAAAACAGACCCCAUGCCCCCGACUCGGCCCAGUUUGCAGGAAAAGAGCAAACUUAUUACCAGGGAAGACACUUGGGAGACACAUUUGGCGAAGACUGGCAGCAGACACCUCCCAGGCAAGGUGAGAGGCAAGAGCCUUUUGAAGAUGCGCUCAGGAACCAGUCCUUGGGACCCAUGUUGAGCAAGGCAGCCUCCGUGGAGUGCAUCAGCCCAGUCUCACCCAGAGCCCCCGAUGCCAAGAUGCUGGAGGAACUGAAUGCCGAGCCUUGGUACCAAGGAGAGAUGAGUAGGAAGGAGGCAGAGGGGCUACUGGAGAAGGAUGGAGACUUCCUGGUCAGAAAGAGCACCACCAACCCAGGCUCCUUCGUCCUCACGGGCAUGCACCACGGCCAAGCCAAGCAUCUGUUGCUAGUGGACCCUGAAGGCACGAUCCGGACGAAGGACAGGGUCUUUGACAGUAUCAGCCACCUCAUCAGCCACCAGCUUGAAAGCAGCCUGCCCAUCGUCUCUGCCGGGAGCGAACUCUGCCUCCAGCAGCCAGUGGAGAGGAAACAGUGAGCUGGCCAGGCCCUCUUCCAACGCCUGCAUCAGGUCAGGAGGACCUGGGGCGACAGUCUCCCGCUCCAGGAACUGCGGCAGCUGCCUGAGGGCACAGAGCCUUCUUCAAAAGCCCCCAAAGGCAGGUUUCCUUCAAGUUCAAGUUUCAUAAACUUGUUCCCAAUUUAUCAUAUGCAUAUUAAAGGUGUACAUACCUAUACAUCCUGUAUAAAUUAUCCCUCUAUAUUUAUAUUUUUUAAGACUAAGAAAGAUGUAAGACUAAUGUUCUGUGCUGUAUGUUUUUAAUGAAAAACAA